AUGCCUGCCAAAACAAACUGGAGAGCUCGCCAGAAAGUCGAAGGCAAAGUAUUUUAUUCAAUUCAAAAUCUUGAGAAUAUAUUUGUUUACGACUUUCUGGCGAGGGUUACCAGACUCUUUGCACUGCCCGCAGUUAAGCAGACAACCCAGGAUGCACCACGAGGAGGUCCUUCAACAUGCAUGCAGUGCUAUGCCAUUGUCUAUUUUAUUUCUUCUCUUUCUGCUAAACAUAUCCGUAUUGCGACCAAAGGCACUAUCGCCUCCAAGAUCGCUGUAUUAGAUCUUAUUACCUCCAACCCCGGACUCAUAAAUGCUACUCCUACCAAUGCCUCGAAUCCUUCAACAAAACUUCUUCGGGACUUAUAUCCUCAGCCUUCAGAUACUCACAAUGCCCAAGCUGGCAACCGGAAUGAUACCACCUUUGAGAGUGGCAUCAACUAUAACAUCGAUGAUGAUGGCGUCAAUCCAGACUUGGAAGUAGGUGGAAUGUAUACUGAUAACAACGGUGAUCAUGAAAUUGGUGAUAUAAAUGGCCUUUCCACCGCAUCGUCUACGCCGUACCGUCAAUGGAAGCGAGAGUUGUCAAAUGCCGAGUCAUUACGGUCACCAUCCUCCAGGAAGCGUCCGCGAGGAACGAACGAACGCAAAAAACCACCAUCGUUGCAUUCGGACCUUACCCUUCAAUGUACUGUACAUGAGUGGAAAUUCUUCUCACACUUUCAUUUAGUAGAAGAAAGCAUAGAAUCAAAGUUGGAGCUCGAAGAACAGCAUUUGAAUUUGGAGCAAGAGAUAUCGAUACAAAGACCCGAGCUCGAAAAGCAAAGGAUGGAGAACGAUGGCCAACGAUUUCAUAAAGAGCUUGACGCUAAAUUCACAAUGCAAGUUGCGCAGUUGAUGCAGACAGGGAUGGAUAAAGGGUUUUCAGUUGAACAAACCUAUAUUGCUAAAGUUGGUGUCCCGAUAUUCCCGGAAUGA